GAUUUCGGGUACAGACGAUUUCGGGUACAGACCAUUUGGGUGGGUUGAUGGUGGUUGGAAGAUGGAGACGGUAAUUGAGGGCCAUGUGUGGAUCGUCUUGAUCGUUUGCGCUCUUAUUUUGUUCUACACGUGAGUAUUACAUGACGUGGAAGGAUGUGGCUCAGUUUUGACGUUAUAGACAUCAUUGCAACCGUUCAAACUUUCAAACAGUACAGAGUCGGGAGUACAAAUGUUUGGCAUCGUUCACGCGAUGUAAAAGAACCUUCUCAUUCCUAUUUCUAGAGAAGACACAUUCAGCUAGAAUAGAGGAGUUUGCUAAAAUCAGCUUUUUUUCUCAUUUGAUGGGAACUUGAAAUAAAUUAAAGUUUUGUCUUUAUCAUUGUUUUUAGUUUAAUUUUUUUUUUUUAAUCUAUUUGAUGACAUUGUGCAGUGUGUCUGUUUGAAAUAUUUUUAUUACCUGCCACGUGAGAAUUUUCUAUCUGAUGAAAUCAUUAUGAUUGGCUAACCACGUUCAAAUGAAUAUGUUUGGCUAAACACGAUAAAAUGAUUAUGUUUGGCUUAUCACGAUAAAAUGAUUAUGUUUGGCUAAUCACGAUAAAAUGAUUACGUUUAGCUAACAGCGUUCAAAUGAUUAUUUUCGGCUAAGAAUGUUCAAAUGAUUGCAUCAGUUGUCGGAGGAAUACUUCGGGGGAUAUCAUUUGAGGCUUAGUUUGUAUACAAGGCUUAUUUUCUAUUUAAGGCUUAUUAGUGUCUAUAUUGUCUAGUAAUUGCCUUGCAAGUCUUUGAGACUAAAUUCUUAUAUCUAUUCAUUGCCUUGUAAGUCUUUGAAACUGUAUUCUUAUAUCUAUAUCAAAUAACAGCCUUGUAUGUCUAUGAAGAUGUACUUUCAUAAACGUGUACUUUCACCAUGUAUUUAUUAUUCGCCCUGCAGAUACGGCAAAUCGCCCCUUUAUGUUUGGAAAACGCUUGGAGUACCCGGCCCUGAACCGACAGUUUUCUUCGGCAACAUACACCAACUGUUCGACGCGCGUGUCGGCGUCAGGCAUUCCGUAAAGCAGUGGCAGAAACAAUAUGGACGCAUCUUCGGAAUCUACUUUUUCCGGAAGCCAGUGAUAGUCGUCACGGAACCGGAAGCUCUCAAACAGAUUUUCGUCAAGGACUUUAACGUCUUUGUGGACAGAUUCUUUGUUGGGGAUGGCAGACUUCAGCACAGAAUCAUACAGAGGACGGUCUUCUUUUCCCAGGGCGCCACGUGGCGACGCCUGCGAAAAAUGAUGACGCCAUCUUUCAGCAGCGGCAAGCUCAAAAGUUUGUCUCCUUACAUCAACCGCACGGCGCAUUCGCUGAGCGACCACGCGGUCACGUACGCGAAGCAAGGCAAACAUCUGGACGCCAAAGUCGUUUUUGGCGCCUACGCUCUCGACGUGAUAGCCGGGACGGCCUUCGGCCUUGACCUCGACUCCCAAAGUGACCACGCCGCUCCGUUCAUUCGGCACGCCAAGAGUCUCAUGACCAUUGACAAAGUGGUUCAGCUCAAGCUCACCUUAGUCGGGAUGUUCCCUGCCGUCAUCCCUUUAUUCCGAGCCCUGAAGAUUGGCUACUUCAAACGCCGCGACAUCAAGUUCUUCAGUGACAACCUGCAAGCUCUGAUCGCUGAGCGAAUCACGUCGGGGAAGAGCAACGCUGAUUUCCUGCAGCUCCUCAUGGAGGCCGAGUUUGACAGCUCGGACCCUGAUUCUGCCGACAAGAAACUGACCAGCGAAGAGGUCGCCGCCCAGUGUCUGUUUUUCAUGAUCGCCGGCUACGACACGACGUCCACGACGCUGCAGUACUUAUUCUACGAGCUGGUGAGACACCAGGAUGUGCAAGGAAAGAUCGUCGCCGAGAUCUUAUCCGUCGUCGGCGCAAGCGGAGAACCUUCGUACGACCACUGCCAGAAGCUGAAAUACCUCGAAGCCGCCAUUGAAGAAACUUUGCGGAUGUAUCCCCCCCUUCACAUCCUCACGAGGAAGACCACGAGGGACACCACCCUGAAUGGAGUCUUCAUUCCCGCCAACAGCGGCGUUCUGAUCCCAGCCUACAACAUCGGCCGUGAUCCAGAGUUCUUCCGCGACCCCGACACCUUCGUUCCUGAGCGAUUCUUGGACGCAGACAAGCACGACGUGAACCCGGUCACGUUCUUGCCAUUCGGCUACGGAUCGCGUCAGUGCAUCGGCAUGAGACUGGCCCUGAUGCAGCUCAAACUCGCCGCCGUGCAUGUCCUUAGAAGACUUAAGGUUGUGAGUGCCACGCCGGAAGUGCUGGAGAUUGAAGACUUCUCGGGGACGCUCGUGCCAAAGACUCCAAUCCAGCUUUUCAUGGAAGUGAGAUCCGUCUGAAACUAUCGAAAACUGUUGUUGAAAAUACGAAUUUUUCAGUUGUUAUUAAUUUGGUAUUCCAAAAUAAACCACUCGAAACCCCAAGUGAACAACGUAAACCUCUAAUUGACCUACUUGAAUCUCCGACUGACCUAUUUAAACCUCUAACUAACCCACCUUAACUCGUAAGUGAUGCACUUAAACCCCUAAUUGAUUCUCCUGAGACCUCAAAACCCCUUUUUUUAAAUCAGAUUUUGACAAGUUUAAUUUACGAAACUGACAGUUAACUCA